AUGAAAAUCAUCAAGGAUAUGAAAUGCAUAAGUCUAGUUGCACAAAUCUUUGGACUUGUGCCAUUCUUGGAAUACAAACGCGGCGAGCUGAAAGUCAGCCUGCUUGGCAACAUCUACAUAUACUUCAUCAACACACUGUUAUUUCUGAUAUCGCUGGGCGUCAGCUUGGUUGUGCUGCACGACAACAGCGGUUUCUCGGUAUUUCGCAAUUUAAAGGGCUCCGAUCAGACCACCGAAGCGCUCAUCUGCCUUAUAAGCUGCAAUUUGAUUAUACUCACUUCGUCUAUGAACUGUCAGCGCUAUUGUGGCAUCAUGCAGGAAAUCGGCAAAAUGGAUAACUAUCUGGUGGCCAAGGGUUUCACCGCCAAAUAUUCAUGCCAUAUUUUAACGGUGUUUCUGGGCAUCGUUGCAGCGGGCCUACUGUACACCGCCUACUAUUACAUGGACUUGCUGAGCGAUCAAUUGCAUAACGAUCAAUUGAUUUUGCUCUGCAUUUUCAGCGUGCAGUUGCUAAUAUCGAAUUUAUACGCGGUCUGCUUACGCGUUUUGCUCGGAAAUAUAAGGCAACGCAUUGACUUUGUGAAUUUCCAUUUGGAUAUUAGCAUCAGAACUGAUCUGUCGGUGGCAAGCAAUAUCCGUCAGAUGAGCUACUACACCGAGCUGCUAUGCAAGUUGCGUUACAUCAUCGAUAAGAUCAACACGACCGGUGGGUUAGCAAUGCUCUCCUACUUCAGCGUCGCAUUCUACAUCCUGACCAAACAAUCCUACAUGGCUUUCAUGACCGUUGUUAGGCCGAUUGGAUUUGAGGAGAGAUAUGACAUUUUGGGAUUGUCAGUCGUCUGGUUUUUUGUGGAAUUCAUAACGAUUGCGGUGAUUUGUAGCGCCUGUGACGCCGUCGCUUCUGAGUCCAGACCGCAGUCUCGCUUUGUUUCUUACUUGUGCAACCAGCUCGCUGUUUCCACAAAAAUGUGGUCUAACCGUCGCAUCUAUUCCAACACAAAUACAAACAACGUGAGAGUGCAGAGACCGCUAGAGCCCAGCACGUCCUCGCUACUCACAUGUCUCAAGUGGAAUGUGUUGAUAUUGAAGUUAGUUGGUCUGUUACCAUUUUAUACCACGACAAACCCUGAUGAGAUCGGCGCGCCUAGAGGGCUUCUGGCACACGUUACGCGCGCCAUAUUUUGCGUUAAAACUGCGAUGCACCUUCUGCAUUUCUACGCCUUAUAUUCGCCAACCAUUUUGCAUCAACUCUUUCUGCGCGGCAAAACGGACGGCCUUACGAAUACAAUCAGCGUGUCCUUCUGUAUUCUCAGCGAUGUCGUGAUUAGCUGGACGUGCGCUCGCCAUGGCCCCAAAAUUAUUGCAAUAAUAAAUGGUUUUCUGAAACUCGAUCGUCGGCUCAGGGAACUCUCGCUAUCGCCAACACGGCACUUCCACAACGGCAAUGCGUUUCAUAUAUAUUUGUUACUGUUAUUUGGUUAUCUCUGUGUGAUAACUGUGCCGGUAGUGAACAGUUUCUACGGCAAUUUGCCACAGCUCUUAUUCAUCGGCCUUUCGUUUUACCAAGUGGAAAAUUUCACCUCGUGUGUGUUCGUCGUGUUCAUUUCGUCGCUUUUGCAUCAGCUCGCAUUGCGCUUGCAACACACCAACAAAUUGAUAGCUCUUUACGGUGUGGAGGGAGGUAGAGCCUCGACGCACGACGUGCAGAGUUUCGCAUGUGAUUCCACAAUAUUUUACAAUUUAUAUAACGAUUUGUUGGACCUGCUCAAAAUGAUCAACAAAUUCGCGGGUCUGGGCCUAGUGGCGUUCAUGCUGUAUGCCUGUGCGGGGCUGCUGACCUUCACUUACGCCUGCACUUUGUACGAUUUGAGCAACUUUGAUAAUUGGUUCAGUAUUAUGUGGAACCUAUCGUGGAUAUUGAACUUUGCGACCGUUUUGAUAUUGUUGGCGUUCAGAUGUGAUGGAGUCACUAAAGAGGCCAACAACACAGCUCAAAUCAUUGCGCGCGUUUACGCCAAAGGCAAGGGCUACCAAGAUAUUGUUGAUAAAUUUCUUUCGAAGAGCAUUAAGCAGGAUGUGCAGUUCACCGCUUACGGAUUUUUCUCUAUCGACAACACCACACUAUUCAAGAUCUUCUCUGCUGUAACCACUUACCUUGUGAUUUUGAUACAAUUCAAACAAUUGGAGGAUGCAAAGGUGGAGGAGUAAACAUUUGCACUGGAAAAAAAAAAGUUUUUGCUCAUUAACAAAUAUCAAGUAUACUGUAUCGUUCUUUAUCCUUUUCUAUCAAAGCACAAUUUUUUUAAUAUGUAUCGCGAACUAUUGUCACACAAAUAAAAUUCGCUGAAAUACAAGUCACAAAUUCAUUGUUUAACUUAAAAUGCACCGAAUUUCCCAAAUAUAUUCGCAGGAAGUAUAUUCUU